GUAAUAUUUGUAGUUGAUGCAAGUGGAAGUAUGGCAUUGAAUCGAAUGCAAAAUGCGAAAGGUGCUGCACUCAAGUUACUAGCUGAGAGUUAUACAAGCAGGGAUCAGGUUGCUAUUAUUCCAUUCCGUGGAGAUUCCGCUGAGGUCCUUUUACCUCCUUCCAGAUCAAUUGCAAUGGCAAGAAAACGUCUUGAAAGACUUCCAUGUGGUGGUGGUUCACCCUUGGCUCAUGGUCUAACGACAGCUGUUAGGGUUGGGCUAAAUGCAGAAAAGAGUGGUGAUGUUGGGCGUAUAAUGAUUGUUGCAAUAACUGACGGCAGAGCCAAUAUAUCUCUAAAAAGGUCCAGUGACCCUGAAGCUGCUGCUCCUGAUGCCCCAAGGCCUUCGGCACAAGAAUUGAAGGAUGAGAUUCUUGAAGUGGCGGGUAAAAUAUACAAGGCAGGGAUGUCUCUUCUUGUCAUUGACACAGAAAACAAGUUUGUCUCAACUGGUUUUGCUAAGGAGAUUGCAAGAGUGGCCCAAGGAAAAUAUUACUACUUGCCCAAUGCUUCUGACGCUGUUAUUUCUGCUACAACGAAGGAAGCUCUAUCAGCCUUAAAGAGUUCAUGAUUCUAUAUACUUUGGUCAGCCAAAUCAAGAGAACAGAGAAGCCAAAGGUCCUUGGGUUGAUUUCCCACGUGAGAAGUGUCCUUGUCAGUCUUGUUAAGUCAAGGGUGUUCCUGACUUUUCCCUACCCCCUCUCCGCCUUCUUGAAAAACUACAUGUAUAAAUAAAAAUAGUUUCAUUUUAGAGAUAUCGGGACAAUCCUUCAAGAUAUAAUGAAAUUAAAAAAUUUAAACUACA